GGAACAUCUCGAUCACGAAUCUCAAUCACCGUCGGAAACGCUACAAUCAUUCGACGAUAUGGAACUACCUAUCCUGAGGAAGACAGAAUCCCUCAAUCUUAAUGCUUAUGAGAGUGACUCCUCUGAGCUAUCUGAUCUAAGCAUAACCGAUCAUCCCUUUCUAGAAUCAGAUAGUAGCGGUCUUGAUACGAUUGAAGUUGAUGUUCCUAGUCUUCUGAGAUCAGGAAAGAAACAAAGACCGCCUAUGCAUUCACCUUACUUUGCUCUACCACUAUCUACCACUCCAUCCAAAUCUAGCAAAUCCAUAGCUUCAAAGGGAGAGUCUACAAUUAAAAAUUCAUCUCCUAAAAAGGAAUCUCCUAAAAAACGGCCUCCUGGCAUAAUUUCAUGUAUCCCUUUUCCGCCUUUGUCUGCAUCUCAUUUUGGACUCAUUCAGGAAAAGCUUGCCCACGAUCCAUUUCGACUUCUGAUAGCUGUUACAUUUCUUAAUCGCACUCAUGGUAAACAAGCUAUUCCAGUUUUUUAUUCCCUAAUGGACCAAUACCCUACACCACAAUCAAUAGUCGAUGCUCCCAAAGAAGAUAUUGUAUCGGUCAUCCGACAUCUAGGAUUACAGAAUCAACGCGCAGCUACUUAUCAAGCUUACGCUAAAACAUUUUGUGAAAAUCCACCAGUGAAAAAUAAACGGUAUGCGGUCCAUGAUUACCCCACUAAAGGACUCGGUCGCGACGUCAAGAAAAGUGAGGUCCUUCCCGAAGAAUCCGUAGACCCGCGUACAGGUUGGGAAAUCGGACACAUGACCCAGGGACCCUAUGCGAUUGAUAGUUGGCGGAUCUUCUGCAGGGAUAUGUUGUUGGAGAAAGCGAAAGGAUGGAAUGGCGAGGGGAGUGAGGAAGAAGGAUUCCAACCGGAAUGGAUGAGGGUGCUUCCAGAAGAUAAGGAGUUGAGAGCAUUUUUGAGGUGGAUGUGGUUGAAGGAGGGGUUUGAGUGGGAUCCGAUGACGGGGGAGAAGGAUGUUGCAGGGAGGGAGGUGAUGAGGGCGGCGUUGGAGGGGAGGAUUGCAUGGGAUGAGGGGGGUGGGAUGAGGAUUUUGAAUAGGGAGGGGGAGGGGGAGGAGAUGGGGGUUGAGAGUGAGGGUAAUGUUGUGAUGGGUUAGUUUCGUUAUUUUGAAAGGAUAAAUGGAUGGGCUCGUUUUCUGGUCUAAUAGUUGUCUGAUAUAGAGCUUAGAUGGUGUUGUAUACUCUCUGUGUAUUUUGGGAAUACUGUUUGUGGAGUUUGGAAAUGUCAAAACAAAAUUCAAAAUUCAAAGUUUAUGAUCAAAAUUGAAAAGCAAAAGGGAGAUUUGUAAAUUCGUCA